AUGAGACGAGGCGAAGGCAAUCCCAUUUUUACUCAGAAAAAAGCAUCUCGGAGAAAAUACUCAGCAUCGGUUACACGAUCUAACUUCACAACUCUUGAUCACAUACGUUCAGCGUGGAAUCAGCUAAAGUUUGGUUGGUAUGUUCAGUUAUGGCCAAACUUUGAUCACGAUCAAAUUAUUUACUUGCUCGGUCGAUGCUAUUUCGCUUCUACUUCUGACAAUCCUCCAGCUAUGCCAAAGGAUAUAAUUUUGGAUGGUAAUUUUUCCGAUUUCGCCUCAGACUUUGCAAGUAGAUUAUGGUUUACGUAUCGUGAUAACUUUUCUCCCAUAUUAAGAAAUCCUUGUAAUGCCUCCACUAACAUACCAUAUUCACCAUUAAAUGAAAGACCAGUUUCAUGUGAUUGUGAAAAUAUUCAAGUCGGAAUUGAUCUAUACAAAAAUAAAUUAGAAAAAUUAUCAAUUCACAGCAACAGUAGUCAUUCUAUAACACCGUCUGCAGAUCAUUCUGGGUCAAAAUCCAUAGAUAUCCCAGGUUCAUAUAUUCCUCUAUCUAUUCAAACAUCAGAUUGUGGAUGGGGAUGCAUGUUUCGAUGUGGACAGAUGUUGCUUGCUCAAGCCCUAGUAGUUCAUUUUUUAGGCAGAAACUGGAGGCUAACCAAAAAUCAAAGGGAUGCGGAUUUCAACCUUCAAAUCAUCAAAUGGUUCAAUGAUUCUUGGUCCCCAUCUUCUCCCUUAUCCUUGCAUCGUUUAGUUCAAAUGAGUGAUAGGAAACCAGGCGAAUGGUGUGGGCCAGCUUCAAUUUGUUCAGCAAUCUUGCAUGUGAUGGCAAAAGGAAGUGCUUUGGAUAACCGUUUGAACCAAGUUCAAGUGUAUUUCGCUCGUGAUAGAGUUAUAUACCGUGAGGAAAUUAUGGAUCUUGCUAAAGGAUCACACACUUUGUAUCAGUGUCAACCGAAAAUAUAUUACACCGAUCAUACAGCCCUACAUCGUUCACAAUCUAAUCGAACCAACGAAAACAGUAUAGAUUCACGUAGCUUUGGACCAACAGCUAUCUUAUUACUUAUACCACUGAUGUUCGGAAAAGAAAAUCGCAUUAAUCCACGUUAUAUUCAAGUGGUACUACGUCUAUUUUCAGAUCCAGCGUUUGUAGGCUUGAUAGGUGGUCGCCGAAAACAUUCCAGCUACUAUGUCGGUUGUCAAAAUAAUUCGUUAAUUUACCUAGAUCCACAUUUUAGUCAACCAGCUCAAAAACUGAAUUCCUCUACAUUUUCAGUCGAUUCUUGGUACUGCCCUGUUCCUAAAACAAUGAGUGUAGCGAACCUAAACCCUUCUUGUGCUGUUGGAUUCUACUGCAGGACUAGAGGAGAACUGAGUGAUCUUAUUGAUAGAUUACCUAUCCUCAUGUCAGUAAGUGGUAAUUCCCAGACAUCUUCUAGAAGUCGACCUGCUGCAUCCACUGUUGAGGUGUUAAAUCUCGACCAAACAGAAAAUGGACCUUUGUAG